AUGGGUUGCAAUACAUGUAAAUGUGGCUUGAAUAAUGCACUCAUAUGUUCUAAAAUAGCAUGCGUCAGUAAGAAAUCGAUGACACAAUAUAUGGCAUAUCGGAAAGCUAAGCAAAUCGUUAGUAAAAAGAAGUCGAUUGAAUCACAAAAUUUGCCAACACUACCAAAGAAUGGUGUAUGUACACCUGGUAAAAUAUACCAGAAUGGCUGCAACAGAUGCUUCUGCGACACUAAUCAAUUAGCUAUGUGUACAACAAAGGCCUGUCACAAGAAACUUUCAAAUAAGUUGAAGACUUCAUCAAUAUUAACUCUAUCGGAUGUGAGACCAGAAAUAACUGAACAAGAGGCGAAGCGACUAAAAGAGCUUCCCGACAUUGCAUCACGGUGUGAUCCUGGACAAACAGUUAAAGUGGACUGUAACUAUUGCGCGUGUCUAUUUAACCGUAUCCUGGUAUGCGAUGAGAAAUUGUGCCUUAGCUACGACGAUAUGAAUAGGAUUGCCGCCAAGAAGAAAGAAGGUGAUAGUUGCUAACCUAUAUUUUCAAUCCACCUUACUUUCUAGCCAUGACUAACUUAGGGUAUAUAUAGAUAUUAGUGAUAUUACAGCGAUAUGUCUAUUUUAACAUGUGCUUUAAUAACGGGAAACCAAUAAUAAAUGGAUGAUGCUUAUGGAUGUAACUGAAGUGUUCGAACUUAAUCAACCGUGUAUUCCACCAAAAACUAAUAGUAAAAUGAGACGAAGUAUCACCAUAACAUCACUAAUGUGUCGUAUCUUAUGGCUAGAGCGUUAGGGGUCACAGUAGAUUUCGUACAGAUAAGGCAGAGAGAACUGAACGCCACAAGACACGGCGUCUCCAGAGUGAAAUUCAAAACAUUUUUCGUAGGUAUAUGCUCGCCGUUAUCUAUCGUUUCUGACAUACAAAUGAAUGAAUGAAAAACAAAAUAUAUUGACAAUAAGUAGUAGUACUCUCUUGAAAAUCAAAUUGAUUUUAUUUUAAUAAUUACAGGACUUCCGUGUAAAAGUAACGACGACAUAAAGAAGACCCCUUGUUUAGACUGUGUCUGCAAAGACAAUAAGAUUCAUUGUACACAUAUACUCAAGUGCGUUCCACAAACAAUACUUGAAAGCAGAAGACUGCACGGGGAUAUUGACAGAAAUAAACUUACAUUCAGCCUAGAGAGUAAAGAAGAUUGUAUACCAGGAGCUGUAUAUAGGUAA